GAGAUCUGUAUCGCAAAGCAUAAUGAAAAGAUCCAGCAACAUCACCGGAGUGAGGAGGAAUACAAAAUGCACCAUAUUGUUCAGCUAAAGCGAGAUCAACUACAAGAUGAAGAGCAAAGAGUGAGCUCCUGGGUUAGUCAGGAACGACAGAAAACACUGGACAGACUUCGCACGUUUAAACAGCGGUAUCCUGGGCAAGUAAUACUUAAAUCAACCAGAGUACGACUGGCUCAUGCAAGAAGAAAAUGUGCAGCCAGCUCAGUGUCCUGUGUAGAUCAGCCUCAAUCUUUGCCAGCAACCAUACAAAUCCAAGAGAAAAGUGAAGAGGUGGAAUUGGAAAAUGCAUUUCGGCCUUUGCAAGUGCAGGAAUCCACAAGCUUAGAACAACUUCAGGAUAUCUUGUUACCUCCCAACAGUGUUACCUCUGAACUGCCUCAUGUUAGUACUUCUCCACUCUCCAGUAAUGAGCUUCAACCAGAGACUGUUACCGUAGUACCGUUUCCACCCCCUUUGCCUCCACCACCUCCACCUCUGCUUCCACCUCUGCCCUCCAAGGAAGAUGACACCAAAUCCUUAGAGAAAAGUAACAGCUUUGUUAAACAUCAGAGUGAGGAGAAGGGAAUCCAGAACUCUUCCAGUGUCCCAACAGCACAUCUGUUUGACAGCAGUCAGCUAGUCAGUGCCAAGAAGAAGCUUAAGAAGACCAGUGAUCUAGAGGGUUUACACAGGAGGAGAGUGAGUUCCCCAAUGGAUGAAGUGUUGGAUUCCUUGAAGCGUGGCAGCUUUCACUUAAGAAAAGUUGAGCAGAGAAGUCUCCCUCCUUUUCCCGAUGAAGAUGAUAGCAGUAACAUCUUGGCACAGAUCAGGAAAGGGGUGAAACUGAAGAAAGUGCAGAAGGAUGUUUUGAGAGAAUCCUUUACAAUUCUGCCUGAUACUGACCCUCUGACAAGGAGCAUCCAUGAAGCAUUGCGACGAAUUAAGGAAGCAUCACCUGAAUCAGAGGAUGAAGAGGAGAGUUUGCCUUGCACAGACUGGGAAAAUUAA